UCUUUUCCCUGACUGGCUGUAUGACCACGCAAGCGACGAAUCGCGCUGCUCUUCCCAGAGCUUCUGAAUUGCAUGGCUGUCGGGUAGCUUAUGCGCCGUCGACCUCAUGCUAAGGCGUAGCUGAUCUGAGAGCUUAGACCGCGCAUACGCUUGCUCGUUUGUCUGGCUGCCACGGAUCAUGCCGGCUGGAUUGCGAGGUGUUCUUUCUCCAUUGUGCUUCUCAGCUUUGUGUCUUGCAGCCACGUCUGCUGUUACGUCCUGUCGCCUGCUGUUACGUCCUGUCGCUUGGUCGGAUAGCUGAACGCUACUUAGUCGUGGUGUAUUCAAGCUUCGACGCUUAAAGACGGCUUUCAGCCUCACUCAUGCACGAGCUGCAUUGACAAGUGUAAAUAACGCCAUAGCAGCUAGCAAGGCUCCAGUCUAAACUCAGGCCGUGCACGACACGCUUCGGAACAUUUGCUGUUUUCUGGGUCUUAAAAAGAAGAUCAAUGAAGGGUCUACUGCAUAGCGGCCUCUGGAGCACCGCCUUUGUCCUCUCCUUCACCUCCAUCCUCUCGCUAUUAUCACAUUCAAUUCAGAGUAGCGAGAUCGGACCCGAUAUCCCGGAUACCACGCUCGACGUCACUCCGAUAGUGAGUCCCUCGUUACAGGAUGUCAGGCUCCAGGUGCGACCCACGGGCUUGCAGCGAAAUAGCGUCUCAGCUUCAAACGAGGACAUUUUUAUGAAGUCGGAUACCCGUUCAGCAUCCGAUGUGCGGAAAGGAAGUGAGGGGUUUCCGAAGCAAAGACUGCUCCGGGGAAUCGAUAUGGUUGAGAUGGAGGCGGAGGAUGAGGAGGAAAUUAGGAAAGUGAAAACCAUAAGAAAAGAGAGGAUGAAAGAGGAGGCAUCUGACCGAAGGUCUUUGUCCUUAACUUCGAAUCCAUCCGGGAGCGAGAAAUCCGCGGCGGAUUCGAAUGUUCUACAAUCGAAGGUUCCAACAACGGAGAAUCUGGCAUCUGACAGGAGAAUAUGCGGAGAAGGACCGCUGAAGGUGUUUGUGUACGAGCUGCACCAGAAGUUCAAUUUCGGGCUGUUUCGACAUAAGGAGCUGGAGAGCCUGCCUUUUAAAGCGGAUGAAGCUCCCGAGCUGCGGUACCAGAGGAAGGCCGAUGGAGGGGUGUCCGGACGAGGGUUCGAGCACAGCGGCGAGUUUUUCAUCGUCUAUAAUCUCCUGGCGAACAACCACAGCGACAGCAGCAGGAGCAACGGCGACAUUGUCCGAGUGACGGAUCCCGCAGCAGCGGACGUGUUCUUUGUGCCGUUCUUGGCGUCCCUCAGCUUCAACAUCUUCACCACCAAUGGCAUGCGAGGAGCGCUCGCAGAAAAGGACAAGAUUCUCCAGGAGGAGCUGUGGGGCGUGCUGAAGGAGUCGGAGUGGUGGAAGCGGUCGGGAGGUAGGGAUCACAUCAUCCCCAUGCUGCAGCCCAACGCCCUCCGCCACAUCCGCCAGCGCCUCGCCCCAGCCAUGUUCCUGCUGCUCGACUUCGGCCGAUACGCCCAAGGGACGGCCCGUCUGAGCAAGGACAUAGUCGUCCCUUACAACCACAUGGUGCCAUCUUACUCGGAGCCUGCGAGCUAUGGGGAGGCUCAGGGGCCUUGGGAGGCGAGGCCUACUCUCUUGUUCUUCCAAGGAACGAUCAUGAGGAAAGAUGAGGGGUACAUCCGCAAGCUGAUCUUUGACAUGCUGCACAAGGAGCCGGAUGUGAGAUUUGUGGAGAGCAAGAUCACCGGGCCGCAAGACAUUAUCUCGGCUGCUGAGGGUCUUAGGAAGUCGCGCUUCUGCUUGAACGCAGCAGGGGACACCCCUUCGUCUGCGCGUCUGUUUGACGCCAUCGUCAGCCACUGCGUGCCCGUGGUGAUCAGCAACAAGAUCGAGCUGCCAUUUGAAACGUCGAUUGACUACUCGGAGUUCACUCUGUUUGUGUCUCAUGAGGACGCCCUGCGGCAGGGCUACCUGCUGCGCCUGCUGCGCACAUUCCCCAGGGACAGGUGGUUGCGCAUGUGGCAGAACCUGCAGCGCGUGAAGUACCACUUCGAGUUCCAGUACCCGUCACAGCCAGGGGACGCAGUGAGCAUGGUGUGGAGGGAAAUCCGCAAGAAGCUCCCUCGAGUGCGAUUGGCUAUCAACCGGGGAAAGCGGCUAGUGGUCCGUGAUUGGACCAAUGUGUAAGUUAGACAUUGUAAACGUCAGGUACUUGUUUUUUAUAAUAAAGUUUGUAGAUUGUGUAGUGUUGACAAGACAUGUUUUGGAAAAGUGUGAUGACAAGUUGUUUCUACCAUGCCAGGCAUCAAGAUGGCUCGCUGUAUUGGCAAGUGCAUAUC